AAUACACAAACAAGCAUGGGAAUAAUUGCUCUAAUCGAAGACAUCUCCUCUGUUAGGAGUCCUGGAUGCAGUUGCCUCUGCAACCUGAUUAAGUUAUAUACGAAGCACGGGACUCUGAAAUACCAAACGGACUGUGCCCCCAACAAUGGCUACUUCAUGAUUCCCCUGUACGACAAGGGGGAUUUCAUUCUUAAGAUUGAACCUCCCCUAGGGUGGAGUUUUGAACCAACUAGUGUGGACAUCCAUGUGGAUGGUAUUAAUGACAUUUGCACAAAAGGAGGUGAUAUUAACUUUGUGUUUACUGGGUUUUCUGUGAAUGGAAAGGUUCUUAGCAAAGGUCAAACAUUAGGUCCUGCUGGUGUCCAGGUUGUACUGAGAAAUGCUGGCAGUGAUGUAAACAUACAAGCUACUGUGACCCAAGCUGGAGGAAAGUUUGCUUUCUUUAAAGUGCUGCCUGGAGAAUAUGAAAUCUUUGCCUUUCAUCCCACCUGGGUAUUGAAAGAGGCAAACACAAUGGUGCGAGUGACCAAUUCCAACGCCUAUGCUGCUGCCCCUCUGAUUGUGGCUGGCUACAAUGUUUCAGGUUCUGUACGAAGUGAUGGUGAACCCAUGAAAGGAGUCAUGUUCCUCCUCUUCUCCUCCUCAGUCACCAAAGAGGAUAUUAUGGGCUGCAACAUUUCUCCAGUCGAUGGGUUCCAAGUGAGAGAUGAGUCUCUCUCCUACCUGUGCAAUGUUAUAUCAAAGGAGGAUGGAUCUUUCACAUUCCUCUCUUUACCAAGUGGAAAAUACACUGUGAUACCAUUUUACAGGGGGGAGAGAAUUACCUUUGAUGUUGCUCCAUCUAGACUGGACUUUGCUGUAGAGCAUGACAGUUUACAAAUUGAGCCUGUUUUCCACGUAAUGGGCUUCUCUGUCACAGGCAGAGUGUUGAAUGGCCCUGAAGGAGAAGGAGUUGCUGACGCUACAGUAACCCUUAACAAUCAAAUUAAAGUAAAAACAAAGGCUGAUGGCUCUUUCCGCCUUGAGAACAUAACGACAGGCACAUACACCAUUCACGCCCAGAAGGAGCACCUCUUCUUCGACACCAUUACAGUGAAAAUUGCACCAAACACCCCUCAGCUAGCAGACAUUAUAGCAGCCGGAUUCAAUGUGUGUGGUCAGAUUUCUGUAACUCGCUUUCCUGACACAAUCAAACAGAUCAAUAAAUACAAGGUUACCAUGAUAUCUCAAGAGACGGACAAAGCGUCAUUAGUUACAACAGAGACUGACCCUCAUGGAGCAUUUUGUUUUAAGGCAAAAUCGGGUACAUACAAUAUCCAGGUAAUUGUUCCAGAGACUGAAGCCAGGGCAGGACUGGCUUUGAAACCCAAAACAUUUGCAGUUACCGUUGCAGACAGGCCAGUGAUGGAUGUGACAUUUUCUCAGUUUCUGGCAUCAGUUUCAGGCAAAGUCUCUUGUCUGGAUGCUUGUGGUGAUCUGAUGAUGACUCUGCAGUCAGUGAGCCGCCAAGGAGAGAAGCGCAGCCUUCAGCUCUCUGGAAAGACGGACUCGGUGGUCUUUACUUUUGAAAAUGUGCUACCUGGCAAAUACAAAAUAAGUAUUGUACAUGAAGACUGGUGCUGGAAGAAUAAAUCUUUGGAACUGGAAGUUAUGGAGGAAGAUGUCUCUGGGAUAGAAUUCAGGCAGACUGGGUAUAUGCUGCGGUGCUCUCUUUCCCAUGCAAUUACACUGGAAUUUUAUCAGGAUGGAAAUGGACCGGAGAAUGUUGGUGUUUAUAACUUAUCCAAAGGUGUUAACAGAUUCUGUCUUUCAAAGCCAGGUGUUUAUGAAGUGACCCCACGUUCCUGUCAUCGAUUUGAGCAUGAAUACUACACUUAUGAUACGUCCUCUCCCAGUAUCCUGACCCUGACUGCAAUUCGGCACCAUGUCCUUGGGACAAUAACAACAGAUAAACUGAUGGAUGUGACUGUUACCAUUAAAUCAUCGAUUGACAGCGAACCUGCCUUAGUCUUAGGGCCCCUGAAAUCUCUGCAAGAGCUGCGCCGGGAGCAGCAGCUGGCAGAGAUUGAGGCUCGCAGACAGGAAAGAGAGAGGAAGGGGCAGGAGGAGGAAGGAACAACGCCACCCGUGCAAGAAAUGGUGGAUGAACUCCGAGGGCCAUUCGCAUAUGAAUUUUCAUACUGGGCAAGGUCUGGAGAAAAAAUCACUGUGACACCUUCAUCAAAAGAGCUGCUUUUCUAUCCACCUUCCGUGGAAACAGUUGUCAGUGGAGAAAGCUGCCCUGGGAAGCUGAUAGCGAUUCAUGGAAAAGCAGGUUUAUUUCUGGAAGGACAGAUUCAUCCUGAAUUGGAGGGUGUUGAGAUUAUCAUUGGUGAAAAGGGAGCAACUUCACCCCUUAUCACAGUUUUUACUGAUGACAAAGGCUCCUACAGUGUUGGACCACUCCAUAGUGACUUGGAAUAUACUGUUACCGCACAGAAAGAAGGGUAUGUCUUGACUGCAGUGGAGGGAACAGUUGGGGACUUCAAAGCUUUUGCUCUUGCUGGAGUGACUUUUGAGAUUAAAUCUGAAGAAGACCAGCCUCUUGCAGGGGUUCUCCUGUCCCUUAGUGGAGGUGUGUUCCGUUCCAAUCUCCUGACACAGGACAACGGCAUGCUGACCUUUUCUAACCUGAGUCCAGGGCAGUAUUACUUUAAACCGAUGAUGAAAGAAUUCCGCUUUGAGCCAUCUUCACAAAUGAUUGAAGUGCAGGAGGGACAGAAUCUGAAAAUCAGGAUAACAGGUUACAGGACAGCUUACAGCUGUUAUGGUACAGUUUCUUCUUUAAAUGGGGAACCUGAACAAGGAGUUUCAGUGGAAGCUGUGGGACAGAAAGACUGUAGUGUGUAUGGAGAAGACACAAUAACGGAUGAAGAGGGUAAAUUCAGGCUGCGUGGACUUCUGCCUGGCUGUGUGUAUCAUGUCCAACUCAAAGCUGAAGGCAAUGAUCAUAUUGAAAGAGCCUUGCCCCAGAAUCGUGCAAUUGAGGUUGGGAAUAGAGACAUCGAUGAUGUGAAUAUUAUAGCAUUUCGACAGAUUAACCAAUUUGAUUUAAGUGGAAAUGUGAUCACUUCUGCAGAGUAUCUCUCUACCUUAUGUGUGAAGCUUUACAAAAGUGAAAACCUUGACAAUCCAACUCAUACAGUCUCCUUAGGCCAGUCCCUCUUCUUCCAUUUCCCACCAUUGCUCCGGGAUGGAGAGAAUUAUGUGGUGUUCUUGGAUUCCACUCUCUCCAAGUCCCAGUAUGAUUAUACCCUGCCUCAGGUUUCUUUCACUGCCAUUGGUUACCACAAGCACAUCACUCUGGUCUUCAGUCCGACUAGAAAGUUGCCUGAACAAGAUAUAGCCCAAGGAUCCUAUAUCGCAUUGCCGCUGACAUUGCUUCUGCUGUUAGCUGGGUACAACCAUGAUAAGGUUAUUCCCUUGCUGUUGCAGCUGACGAGUCGACUGCAAGGAGUACGAGCAUUGGGACAGACAGGUUCUGACACAAGUGGCCCCGAGGAUGCGAAGAGACAAACAAAAAAACAGAAGAUGAGACGGACAUGAGGUGAAAGGAACAGUUGCCCAAAGUGACACUUCUGUCCAGCUGGAGCCCAAGGAGGUUUAGAAACAAGGCUACUAGACUGCAGUUUUGAUAGAAAGAUGUGGACUUUACAAUUUUAUUGUUGCUUCGUGAGCCCUUUGUCAGAGGAUCUCAGUUUUGGUUGUAAAUUUUCUAUGUUCUACAGAUUGCCUUGUUUUAAAAUGAUUAAUUGAAUGGCUGUAUUGUCACUCUGAGUGUAUCUUCAGCACUGAAGACCAUUAUUUCUUUUUCGUGUUGGAACAGCCUCCUAACAGGAGAACAAAAUGACAAAUUCAUCUUCAUGAAUCAUUAAUAGAGACAGUUCUAAUAAAAUGUGUCCGAUUUCCCUUUUAGUCUU